AUGGGCAGGGUGUUUCUCUCUACGGAGUCGUCUGAGGAAUGUCCGUGUCAAGGAACGGAUCUCCGAGACUCCAAUCCUCGACCAGAGUCUCGGUCUUCUCUUCCUCCUUCUCUGACGUUUUCGUCUUCGUCUCCCUGUCCUCUGUCGUCUGCGGUUUCUUCACCCACGGGUGCUCAGUGUUCUCCCGUUUCUCCCUUCUCGAAUGCCUUUUCAGACACAGAAGGAAAAAACAUGCGACAGACAAGACAGGCAGGUGAACAAGGAACCCAAAACAGGGAGGGAAACACAGAACGCACAAGGAUACAAGAAGGCAGACAAGAACGACAACAAGAGCGAGACCGAGGGACAGAACGAGGGAGAGAACAAGAGAGAGAUCAUGACAGCAACGUGUGCCUUCUAUGUAGAAGCAAUGGCGUCAUCACGCAGUGGGGCAUUGAGCGCGUCGAUUCAUUUUCGUCCUCGGAUACCGGAUCCAGUGGCUUUUGGGAGAAUGCGUUUUUCGCGGUGUCGCCUCAGGACAGGAGGCCACUGCUGUUGGGAACCUUCUCUGACGAAUCUCUCGGAGGCGCGCUGCGUGAACUGACAGCCGAUGGCUUGGUGGCGAAGAUGCGAGGCCAGCAGAAACAGCGGGUGUCUGUACACGUCGCGGCCGACAGAUGUCUGAAUUUUGUGCAGAAGAAUUUCAGAUAUGAAUUCAUGGAGUUCUCCGACUUGGUUCAGAGCAUCCGAUUCCAGAUCAAUGGAGGCGACCGACGAAUGAGCGAGACACCUGAGACUCACAGAGAUGAAACUCCAGUUGAAAAGCGAGAGGGCGGCAACAGUCGAGGUGGGGAGGUCUCCACAUACAGCUGCGGACGUGAUAGUCUCUCGACGUCAUCCCAAGAAGGCGCUCUCCAGUCCGAUCGAAAGUUUUUCUAUUUCCGGUCGCUGGGACGAAGGCCAGCGAAGGAUCCUUCUUCUCUCUCUGCUAUGAGUUCAGCCAUCGCCGCAGCUUUUCAUCUUCCUCCAGGACUUCGACUUGAAGACGCGAACGCACCUGCCUCUUGGUUGUCCUUUGCUUCCUCCUCUUUUCCUUCUUCCUCUUGUUCCUCUUCUUCUUCAUCUUCUGAGUCUUCCUCUUCCUCUUAUUCAUGUUCGUCAGCCUCUUCGUCUUUGUCCCCUUCUGCGUCUGCGGUCCUUCCUUCCCUGCACUCUUCGUGUUGCUGCUCCGCGUCAUCGUCUCUGUCUGCUUCUUCUCCUUUGUCUUUGUCGCAGUCUGCUGCGUUUUCUGCUUCACCUGGUCCGAGUCAGUCAGUCGAUUCUUCUUCCUCGGAGAGAUGUCUGGCCACGAGUGUCAGCGACUCAGGUUUGCCUGCUCCCGCGCCUCAAUCUCUCGGAAAUAUCGCAUCGGGUGAAUCGAAUGGAAACGCAGAAAGAAGUGGAAAGGGGAGUUCAGCGAUUGGCGCUUCUGCCGCCAUAGUCAACUGCGGCGAACGAGCUUCAAGAGCACUAACGGCUUCCGCGGCUCCACGUGAGUGUGCCUCGCCCGUACGCGCAGGAGAGACAGGAAAGGCAAAGGCGCUGAGUGGCAGCUCUGCUGCAGUUUUCAACAUGCGUUCGAACUGCCUGCGCAGUGAUCCGGGUGAAGCGGAAACGGCUGUCCGUCGCCCUGUAGACGAUGAGAAGAGAUGUCAUGGAGACACCAAGCAAGCGAAGAAAAACAAGAACAAUCGUGGCGUUGAAAGCCGUGGAUGCAAUGCCGAAGACGAAAACGCCCACGCAUUCCUUGCUGCCCCGUCUGUUCGUCUCCAAGAACACUCGACUGUUCUGCGGGUCGCUCAGCCAGGACUUGAACUGUGGACGCACUACGAUAUUCCCGAUAACUUCCUUGUCCAGAUUUCCGGAUAUAAACGCGUAUUUCUCUUUCCGCCCUCGACCGUCAACAGGCUAGGCAUUCGCGAGUCUUCGUCGCCAAUUCAGGGACUUGUCUCUGGGGUUGCUGAUUUGUCGACGUAUCCAGACGCGGGCCUCGCUCUGCGCGAGGCGUCCUUCGUGGACUUAAGCCCUGGUUCGAUUCUCUUUCUUCCUUCUCGCUGGAUUCAUGGCGUCUUCAUGUUCCCGGCUGUCGCCGACCUUUGCGUGAACUGCCAAACAUACGUGAAGCAGCUGGGCUCCCGCCCUGUCGCGCCGUCGGCUUAUCUUCGGACAGACGAGUCGUGGAAAGGAAGGAGGCAAACGAACGCCGUUUCUCAGACGUCCUGUGGAGAGACGGGGGGAACGGUUGCCGUACAAUGGGGGCAGAGGGAGUGUGGAGAAGCAGAAGAAGCAGAAGGCAGCGGGGCCCACACUAACGGAAGCAGGAGUAAAUUUGGAGGAAUGGUCGAGAAUAGAAAGAGGGAAGACACAGGGAAGACAAGCGACCAGCAUGAGGCGGAGAAUGGCGCGGACAAAAACGGAGUAGAGAAGGCUGACGCGUGUGUAUCGAUCAACGUUUUUUUCUAUGAUCGAACUGAACCAAAUGUCGUCUACGCAAAGAAAGACAUCUAUGGAAACAAGGAUCCACCGGCCUACGACAACGCGCGAGCAGUUCUCGAUGAGCAACUCGUCCCGGUACUCUCGUCUCUGCCGAAGACCGCAGCUGCCUUUUACCUGCGCAAGCUUUCACUGGAACUUCUGCGCCGUGCAGCAACCCUGGAAAGCGCGACGAAUCCUCAGUCUCCCUCCCGCGGUUGACUGGGACCGACUGUUCGCAGGAAACAAACAACCUGCAGGUGUUGUAGGAGCAGCGCGUAAAACAUUGUUUAAAAGAUGGAAUGUGGGGCCUCGGGCGUUCCUGGGCCACAUUUCGGUUUUAUCGAUUCUUCUUGCCGUCGAGUGUGCCUGUGCACUGAUUUG